AAUCAGACUCCUGUGGCAUUGCAUGUGGGACUAUUUCAGCAGAAUUUAGUAUUUUUAGGGGAUAAAGGAUUUGGAGAAGGGAGACAGUUCCUAAUCCAUUCUGCCAGUUCAGGGAUGAGCUUGUGUUACUUCCUUCUCUUCAAAAUCAAUUUAUAUUGACAACAUUAAUUUUAAUAACUGGCUUUAUACCCCGAGUUGGAGAAAACCCUCUAAAGAACAACAUUUCUUUGCAGUUAUGAUUUUAUUGCUAACGGUAAAGUUGUAAUUUACAGUGAAAAACAAAAGUUUCCCUCUUCAGAGGUCUCUCCAGCACUAAGUAUCAGGGUUUAUUUGCUCUUCUUUACCCCAUUUUUAUUCUCUCUUACAAGAAACUCUACUGGAUGAAAAUAUCCCCUUUCCUCUUCACCCGUCUAAGAAACAGGACAAUUUGGUGAUAGAUAUUUUGCAAAAAAUACACUUUUUUAACUCCAAAGAAACACAAACAGAGAGGAGAGAAAAGCCCUUUUUGGCUUGCAGCUGGGCGGGCUCUUUAACGUACCAAUCACAGAGCAGCUCUUCUCUAUAAAUUCAGGCAUCUGACCUACUCUCUUCAGCUCAAUUACUUUUGAUUCGUAGAAAACGUUUGUCACCAUGUCGGAAACUGCGCCUGUUGCCGCUCCUGCUGUUUCUGCUCCUGGGGCAAAAGCCACUACUAAGAAGCCGAAGAAAGCGGCAGCCAGCGCUAAAGCGCGUAAGCCCUCCGGUCCCAGCGUGACCGAGCUGAUCACCAAGGCGGUGUCCGCUUCCAAGGAGCGCAAAGGGCUCUCCUUGGCCGCUCUCAAGAAGGUUCUGGCCGCCGGAGGAUACGAUGUGGAGAAGAACAACAGCCGCAUCAAGCUGGGGCUCAAGAGCCUGGUGAGCAAAGGCACUUUAGUGCAGACCAAAGGCACCGGCGCCUCGGGCUCUUUCAAACUCAGUAAGAAGCCGGGAGAGAUCAAGGAAAAGGUACCCAAGAAGAAGCCCGCGGCGAAGCCUAAGAAGCCAGCUGCCAAGAAACCCGCCAGCGCCGCCAAGAAACCCAAAAAGGCUGCGGCCGUGAAAAAGAGCCCGAAGAAAGCCAAGAAACCAGCAGCUUCUGCCGUCAAGAAAACUGCCAAGAGCCCGAAGAAGGUGAAAGCCGCCAAGCCAAAGAAGGCAGCUAAGAGCCCGGCUAAGGCGGUGAAACCAAAAGCUGCCAAGCGCAAGCCAACAAAGGCUAAAACGGCAAAGGCUAAGAAAGCAGCGACCAAAAAAUAGAAUUAUAGUUUUAGAAAAGGAAAUUUCUGACCCAACGGCUCUUUUAAGAGCCACCCACAAGUUUCAAAAAAAGAGCAAAAUCCUUGUGUUCGUGCUUCACGCUCAGAAUCCCAAAGAUUGUUUUGACAGGUUCGAGUACUUGGUUUGUUUUAGGGCGGGGACAAGGAAUGGCUUUCCGCGCAGUUUUAAUAAAGAUUUAAAAUGACCGAAGUGGGUUUUGUAGCGCUGUGCAGCCAGAGAGUUUCCAGUCCCCGCCCUGGCGAUGUUUUGUUUACCUAGAUAUCAGCUGCUCAGUGGCUUGGUACUAAGCUCUCAGUAGAUUUUCUAGGCUUGCUUAGUUCCCAGCCAUUUCGACCAAUAGCUACCUGCCAACAAAACAAGGCAGUACAAGAGAACCCGGCAAGUUCUCUGUUUCGUUUGACCAUCUCCUGUGAUUGGUUGGUAGUGAAGAUUAAGAUAAAUCUUACUGGACACUUCCAACGUUUUGAAAAAUCCCCGCGCUGUGAGACGAUUACUCGGUAUACUCCCCCUUUCUCUGAUUUAUCACAAAAGCUGUCCUCACUAAGGACUCGAUCCUUCAAUCCCUCGCUCCGGGAAAGGACCCUGAUUUUCCUAUUUCCAGUCCUAUUGCCCUAAAACACCCUUUUAAAUACCUCCCCGUUUUCUCUACUCUCUAGUUUGGUGGAGAGAUAUUUUAAGCUUGCAUUACACAAUAGAAGCUAUACCCUAUACCUAACGCCCAUUUUGUGUCUCUAAUAUCGCGCGACUCGCAGGGCUACAGAACUAGUGGCAUUUCCCACGUACAUCGUUAUUGCCCGAUUUCCAUUAUUGCCCGGCCCCGUCGCCCACUAUCUGAAAUCUGUUUUUUUAUGUAUCUGUCACUUGCCUCGCUGUUUCAUUUUCAAACUGGCCUUAUUUAUGAUUCCUGAACAUUCGAAUGCUAGUCCCAGAGAAAAGGUACGGAAAUAGACCACAUUUUUGUGUAUUUCCAUUCUUACAUUAAUGCGAGAUCAUUUUAAAAGAAGAGGACGAACUGAACUUUUUUCCCUUCAGAUUGUUUGAAUACUGUAUACGAUGCAGAACCCCUCAAUGUUAUUAAUCUUUAACAUGUAGGUUAAACACAGAUGGAAACUAUAGAUUAAUUUACGAUAUUUCAUAAACAGUGUCCUCGGAUUUUUAUUUCCAAAACAAAUGUAACCUAAAACCAAGACGCUUCUCAGAAGUUCUGUAUUAGAUGGCGUACUUUGUUUUGUUAAUGCAAACCGUAGUCGCUAGAAGAGGUAUUUUAAGUAGGACACAAUAGUUCAUUAAACGUUUUGAGUGAAGAAUGUGUAAAUUUUUAAAUACGGUUUUACAUCCAUUACAUUACAUUGCAU